AUGGUAUCUCUUGCACGGUCUUUCCGCCUGCAAUGCAUCGAUGUCAUUCUUCAAUUACAAGAGUCACGCGACGCUGACAAUGUUGGCAGCCUAUUUCAUAGUAUGCAGACUGUCCCGUGUCACAUAGCAGGGGUGUUUGAUGAUUUGGACAUGGAUGACGAACAAGAUUUAUUGGAAAAAUUCUGUCCUCACAUUGAUAAGGUUUUUUUGUCUGCUCCAUGGGCUAAUGGAAUUCAACAUAUUGGUCAAAGUUUUGAAGGUGGAGCAUCUGAAUUUCGAAAUGUUCUUCGCAAGUAUGCGGUUGAGUGUGGCUUUGGCUUCAAAUUUUUGAAGAACGAUUCUGUUCGAAUCACAGCUCGAGCACAUUGUGGUGUUGCUGUAUGGACCCCCAAAAACCCUAGGGCUGGUUCCAAUCUAGUGUCUGAUGUUAUUUGUGAACGGGUUAGUUACCGAGUUGCAUGGUUAGGUGUCGAAAAAGCUCGCGGUGAGAUGUUCGGUGCACACUCCAUUUCAUUUGACCAACUACGAUGGAACAGUAGCGUAGUCAUGGAAAAUAAUCCUGGAAGUUAUAUCAACAUUGAAUAUGAUGAACAAAACUACCGUUUCAUACGUGCAAAUGUACUUAUAUUGUUGCUAGGUUUAUUCCCUGUGGCCAUUGCGAUUGUUGAUUUCGAAAACACCACAAAUUGGGCUUGGUUUUUGGGACACCUCGCAAACGUGGUAAAUAGGCAAAGGACACUUACAUUUGUCUCAGACCGACACGCGGGCUUACUAGAAUCGAUACCCAUCAUAUUCCCCACAGCGAAGCAUGCGUUUUUCUUACAACAUUUGCAGCGUAACUUGCAAGACAAGUUACGUUAUGUGAAUAGUUCAUAUCGAUCUGUGAUGUUGGCUAAAUUUCGUGCUUGCGCAUGCGCUCCGACUGUGGCUGCAUUCAACCAGAGAAUGGAAGAGUUCACAAAAUGUGGACGUAAGGUUGUGCCUGCUUUCUUAAAAGAUUUACCCCCUCAUUAUUGGGCGAAUGCUUACUUCUAG